AUGAGUGUGGAAAUCAAAAUUUCCAACACAGGAAGAGUAGGAGUUGGACAACUUGAAGGACUAGCAGAAGAUCCCAAUGAAGCUAAUGACAACAAGAAGAAUGCGAAUCAGAAGAAACUCGCCCUCCUCCCACUCAUCUUCCUCAUCUACUUCGAAGUUUCCGGUGGCCCUUUUGGAGAAGAACCCGCCGUUAAAGCUGCUGGUCCUCUCUAUGCCAUCCUGGGCUUCCUUAUAUUCCCUUUCAUCUGGAGUAUCCCUGAAGCCCUCAUCACAGCCGAGCUUGCCACCGCCUUCCCCGGCAACGGUGGUUUCGUCAUCUGGGCUGAACGAGCUUUCGGCCCUUUUUGGGGUAAUCUCAUGGGUUACUGGAAAUUCCUCAGUGGAGUCAUCAACAAUGCUGCCUACCCUGUUCUCUGCGCCGAUUACAUCAAACUCGUCUUCCCAAUUUUUGCUUCGGGUCCCCCUCGCAUUAUCGCCAUUUGUGGAUCUACUCUGUUCUUGUCUUUCCUCAACUACACAGGCCUUGCCAUUGUUGGUUACACUGCUGUUGCUCUGGGUGUCAUUUCUAUGCUUCCCUUCUAUAUAAUGGGUUUUGCUUCAAUACCCAGACUUCAUCCCCAUCGAUGGAUCAGUAUGGGCGAGCCUGGAUUGAAAAAAGAUUGGCAAUUAUACCUCAAUACUCUGUUCUGGAACUUGAAUUUCUGGGACAAUGCCAGUACUCUGGCAGGGGAAGUGAAUCAACCCCAGAAAACCUUCCCAAAAGCUCUGUUAUUAGCAGGGUUUCUGACUAUUGUCGGUUACCUGGUGCCUCUAUUGGCUGCCACAGGGGCUCUAGAGCUUGAUCAAGGAAAAUGGGAAAGUGGGUUCUUGGCAGAUGCAGCAGGGAUGAUAGUUGGCGAUUGGCUCAAAAUCUGGAUCGAAAUUGCAGUCUUGUUGUCUGGAAUCGGACUCUUCGAAGCCCAAUUGAGCAGUGCAGCUUAUCAGGUUCUGGGCAUGGCAGAUUUGGGGUUUAUCCCUAAAUUCUUUGGCUCCAGAUCGACAUGGUUCAAUACACCAUGGGUUGGGAUUCUCUUAUCGAGCAUAAUCACAUUGUCUGUAACGUUUAUGGACUUCAACAAUAUCAUAACAGCUGCAAAUUUCUUGUAUAGUUUGGGAAUGUUGUUGGAAAUAGCUUCUUACCUCUGGUUGAGGAAGAAGUAUCCCAAGAUGGAUAGGCCAUACAAAGUGCCCAUAGGAAUACCUGGACUGGUAAUCAUGUGCUCGAUUCCAGUUGGGUUCUUAGUAUUCGUGAUGGUUAUGGGGAAGAAGCUAUCAUUUGCACUUAGUGGGGGUGUCACUGCUAUUGGGAUUGGUAGUUACUUCCUCAUGAACUUCUGCAAGUCUCGUGAGAACUGUCUCAAGUUCACAGAGCAGAUGGAGGAGAGCAAGGAUGAGGAGUUUGGGCUCUAUCACUCAGUAGUUACUACUUAG